CCGACAGACACCGUGUCAUCCUGAUCGAGUUAUAUUGAGUUGAAGUUUCUCCAUCCUCCGACUGAACCAUGUCUGGAAACAAGAACGGACCCCCCACCACUUCUCAAAAGCACCUGAACUUUGUCUCGGAGCCGAUGGGAAACCGGUCUGUGAGGGAUGUACCGGGGAUCGGAACCGCACACGGACGCACGUUGGAGGAGAAGGGCAUGCCUAGGGCUGACCAGUUGUUGGGUGAUUACCUGAAGAGAGGUCGGAACCAAGACCAGUUCCAGGACAAUCUGAAGAAUACCACAGGGGCCAACACCAAGCAACAGAGAGACGCCUACAAUGGAAUGAGAGAGUGGACCGACAACAACCUGUAGAGGAGAGGAGACACUCCUCAUUCCUCUCUCUCUCUCUCGUUCCUCAGAUUGAACCAACAACAACCUGUAGAGGAGAGGAGACAGUCACAUUCUCUCCUCUUUGUUGUCUAUCCUCCU